GCUUUAGUACAUUUUACAUAGUAACAUUUUUUGUCUACCAAAUUACUAGACACAACAACAGGUUAUAAAACCAAAGUAUUUAUCAAUCGUAAUGUGAUUCUUUAACAAUAUCAUUGCCAAAAAAACAAAUCAAAAAUGUAUUUUCCACUGAUACCUAUUUUUCUACCAAUGAUUUAUUCAGCUUCCGCUAUGCAAACGGAUUUUUGCGUUGUAUACGGUGGAAAAAUCUGCAAAAAUUAUAUGCGCGAUACAAUGGUUUAUAAGAACGGCACGAACGAUAUCAACGAGAAUAUAACAGCCGGUCUGUGGGAAGAAAUGGUUGUAAAAUUAAAAGAGCCAUGUAAGAGUGCCGCCGAAAAACUAUUAUGUAUGUAUGCAUUUCCGUUGUGCAACGAAAUGGGAAAACCUCUACCGCUCUGCUACGAAGAUUGUUUGGUUGUCAAAGAACAAUUUUGUUACAACGAUUGGUUGUUGAUCGAAGCGAAUAAAAAGAGGAAUGUGACUUAUAAAUCAAAGGGACAUUUUCAGUUACCAAUUUGUGAUGAUUUACCAAAGUAUAAAGAUAAUAAUAGUUCAUGUUCUUAUGCUAAUUUAAUGGAUAUAAAACAAGAUGAAGUUACAUAUGAUUGUGUAAAAGGAAGAGGUCGUUUUUAUCAAGGUACUAUGAAUGUGUCACAAAGUGGUUUACCUUGUCAAAAUUGGGAAUCGCAAACUCCUCACUCUCACAUACACCCACCAAUGUUUUUACCAGAAUUACAAGGUGCUGAAAAUUAUUGCAGAAACGCCGGAGGUGCAGAACCAAUGCCCUGGUGUUUUACAAUGAACAGUACUGUUCGUUGGCAACAUUGUAACAUAACAAGAUGUUCAAACGAGACCAAAAGCCCAAAAGAAGAUGUUAAACCCCCAAUAACAAUGGAUCAAUAUUUAACACCUACUUAUAUAAUAGUUGGAGCAAGUAUUGGGUUAAUACUGAUAUUAAUUUGUUUGUUAUCGGUAUUAUUGUGUCAUCGAAUUCAUAAACAUCGAUUGGGUUAUAACCCGACUGGAAAUACAGAUGUGACUAUCGAUUUGGAUAAAUUACCAAAUAACGCAACAUACCAUAAUUCGGGGGCGCGUUUAAAUCCGAAAUUAGAACGUUUAGAGUUUCCUAGAAACAAUAUUAUAUAUAUAAAAGACUUAGGACAGGGGGCGUUUGGUAGAGUUUUUCAAGCCAAAGCGCCAGAUUUAGUUUCAGGUGAAGAAUUUACUUUGGUUGCUGUUAAAAUGCUUAAAGAUGACGCGACUGAAGACUUACAAGAUGAUUUCGAGAAGGAGGCGUGUUUACUAGCUGAAUUUGAUCACCCAAAUAUCGUAAAACUUCUAGGGGUUUGCGCUAUUGGGCGGCCAAUGUGUUUACUCUUUGAAUACAUGGGUAAAGGCGAUUUAAACGAAUAUUUGAGAAAGUGUUCACCCACUUAUCUUCCAAGAAGCGUUGAUGAACGCGAUUCCAAGGAAAACCAAUUGAAUCAUGUCGAGCUAUUAGAAAUUGCACUUCAAAUCGCUUCCGGAAUGGUUUAUCUUUCAGAACGGAAAUUCGUACACCGUGAUCUUGCCACAAGAAAUUGUUUAAUUAACGAUGAUAUGGUUGUAAAAAUUGCCGAUUUUGGAUUAUCACAAAAAAUUUACUUACAGGAUUAUUAUAAAGGAGAUGAACAUGAUGCGAUUCCGGUUAGAUGGAUGCCUUUAGAAAGUAUUCUCUACAAUAAAUACACGUUAGAAUCGGACGUAUGGGCUUUUGGGGUGUGUUUAUGGGAAAUUUUUUCGUUCGCUCUCCAACCGUACUUCGGGAUGACACAUGAGGAGGUUGUCAAGUAUUUGAAGGCGGGUCAUAUGCUACUUAGUCCGGAAAAUACUCCGGCACCCGUUUAUGAAAUAAUGCGAAUGUGUUGGGCUCAAAAACCCGCAGACAGGCCGAAUUUUAAAGUUAUCUUUAACGCAUUGCAUAAUAUUUAUAAUACAAUGAUCUCUUUGCCGCAGCAUCAUUAAUUUACUAUUAUAUUGUAGUUUUGUUCCAACACAUACACAAUUUAAAACGCCGGUUUGAGUAUUUAUUAAUAAGUGUACAGCUUAGUCCAAACUAGAAUAGUUUAGAUCUCAUUUUAUCUAAAAAUUGGACCACUUUGUACACAUUUAUCCUACUUAAUUUAACACAUUCACUUGAGGACACAUCUUUAUAUAUAUAUAUAUAUAUAUAUACACUGGCAGUACAAUCCUGUGAAAUCCUUGAUCUCACGGAUAACCUGUCUUCAUUCAUAGCUGGUAGAGCUCUUGGUAUGUAUCCUUCAUUCGCCUCGCUCACAGAUGGGACCGUAUAUGCGACGAAGUACCUGUUGAGGAAUUGCUCAUCUCUCACUGUCAUCACCCACGUCUCGCUCCCAUACAUUAUCACUGGUCUUACACUGGUACGGUAUAUUUGGUCUUUGGUUCUCCGCGACAGUAGUCAGUAAUUAAUAUAUUAAUUGGUGCCUGCACUGUAUUGAGGUUUCUAUUUCUUGGUAUAAACAUAUAUUUUGUCUUCCCCUCGUUAACUGCAAGCCCAGCUCUUUUUGGUUCUUCCUCAAACUGUGCAAAGCUUUCCACUACUUGUCAGCAGAUCAACAUCUCCAGCUUACCGGUUCGACCAGGCUGUCCCUGGCGAAGCCUAAUACCUUAUCUUUCCAUUACUUGACUAAAGAGGAAAAUUUGGUCCAUCGUUGAUGAAAUACCAGUAUGUAGAAUGCUAUGUUUAAAAGCGUGAUUCUUCUAAAGUUAUCGCAGCUGGUCUUAUGUAUCGGGCAGAUGAUUCCGAUUUUCCAUUUCUAUCAUACAAGUUCUAAGUCAUGUUCUCUUCUUACACCUAAACAUUAAUACAUACCAUUACACCACUAUAAUAAAGUAGUGUGGAGAUGGUCCAACAGGGAAUGUGUUAAAUGUUAUUUAUUAACUUUUUUAUUAUUUAUAAUGGACUUGUUAUUUUGUACAAUAAAAAGAAACGGCUGCAAUUGUGAGAUUGCAUAAAUAAAGAUAAAGCUCAACGUAAAUAAAGAAAAUGUAAAUCGCACAAAAUGUAAAUUGUAUUGCUCGUAGAUAGGAGGAAUUUUAUUUUGAAGCUUAUGAUCACUAUGUACUCUCGAUUUAAGGAACCAUCCUCAGGAGUUAAGAUGUGCUAAAAUGAAACCAACAUUUUCUAAAAGAAUUCUAAACCCGAAUAAAAAGUACAAUUCGGAAAUAUUAAAAUGGCAGCGUGUAAUGUAAUGAACGGAGGAGUUUUAUGUCCGAAAGACUGAUUUAAAAUGUUUUUUUUUAAUUUCAUUUCAAGGUUAUUUAAUGUUUUGACCAAAAUAAUAGCAUGUUAUUGUGGUAAUUAAAAUUACUUUGACCGAUUUUAUAAAGCUACGAUUUAUUGCCAUUUUAUUAAACUUUGACGUAAAUUGAAACAAAUAGCAAAAUUAAUCAGACCAAAAAGAACUCGUUAUGGUUCGCCGUGUGAUAAGAUUUCAUAAUAAUGGAAAAUUAGUAAUGGUUUUAGGUAAUGGAAACACCCAACCACACGAAAUAAAAUUCCUUUUCUUAUUUUUUGUGUCAAAAUAUGCAUACAAUUUAAGAAAUUCGUUACAAUCCGUUUCGUGAAUUCCAAAAUAAAUUUUUAGAUAAGAAGUUGUGUAUAUCUGUGAAUGUGAAUGUAUUUCUUUUUUAUAUUUAUACAAAUAUUUAAGCUUUGGAAUUUUUUUAUACACUUUGUUUUUUAUGUAUGUAAUAUAUACCGGAACUGUAUGAUU